CCCCACCCCGGGGGAGAAGCGGGGAGCGGGGCCGGGGCAGGUGCCCGCGCCUGCUCUGGCCGCAGGGGUGAGGCGUUCUCCUCAGGUGCCCUUCCCGGGCUUUGUCGGCUGAUAACGGGGGUUUUGCAGCUUUCGUCGUUUGUGUGGCGUUGGAGAGCUACGAGUGUGCAAGAGGAGGCGUGAAGCUCGUGGUACACGAGGCAAGCUUAGCUUGAUGGGCAGGGGGACAUAAGCACAAAUCCAUAUGGAGCAUGAAUCUCCUCCUUCCCAAGAAGUCAGUGGCAAGGCCUUGGAGGCAACAUUAUUGUCAGCCCUAAAGAUGCUGGAUGUUGGGAAAUGGCCGAUUUUUUCUCUCUGUUCCCAAGAAGAGCUCAAGUUAAUUCGUCAAGCCUGUGUAUUUGGCAGUGCUGGUAAUGAAGUGUUGUAUGCAACUGAAAAUGAUGAGGUCUUUGUGCUUGGCAUGAACUGCAGUGGGUGUUUGGGAACUGGUGACAUGCAGAGCACUAUUGAACCAAGGAGGUUAGAUUCUCUGUGUGGCAAAAAGAUAGCCUGUCUGAGUUACGGAAGCGGCCCUCAUGUUGUUCUUGCCACAGAAGAAGGAGAAGUGUAUACAUGGGGACAUAAUGCUUAUAGUCAGUUGGGCAAUGGUACAACAAAUCAUGGUUUCAUUCCCUGUCAAGUCUCUACUAACUUGGUCAACAAGAAAGUCAUUGAAGUUGCCUGUGGGUCUCAUCAUUCUAUGGUGUUAACAUCUGAUGGAGAGGUAUACACAUGGGGCUAUAAUAACUCAGGCCAAGUUGGAUCUGGUUCAACAGCUAAUCAACCAAUUCCUCGAAGAGUUACCAGCUGCCUACAAAAUAAAAUAGUAGUUAAUAUAGCUUGUGGACAGAUGUGCUCUAUGGCUGUGGUGGAAAAUGGAGAGGUCUAUGUCUGGGGCUACAAUGGCAAUGGCCAGCUUGGACUGGGCAGCAGUGGCAACCAGCCGACCCCCUGCCGAAUAGCAGCUUUGCAAGGCAUUCGUGUGCAGCGGGUUGCCUGUGGCUAUGCACAUACAUUAGUGCUAACAGAUGAAGGUCAGAUUUAUGCCUGGGGAGCCAAUUCGUAUGGCCAGUUAGGUACUGGUAAUAAAAGUAACCAGUCUUACCCUACAACAGUUAUUGUGGAUAAGGACAGAGUUGUGGAGAUUGCAGCCUGCCACUCUGCUCACACCUCAGCUGCCAAGACCCAGAGCGGCCAGGUGUACAUGUGGGGCCAGUGCCGUGGGCAGUCAGUGAUCCUGCCCCACCUCACUCACUUUGCCUGCACUGACGAUGUGUUUGCUUGCUUUGCUACCCCUGCUGUCAUGUGGCGUCUUCUGUCAGUAGAGCCUGAUGACCACCUAACAGUAGCCCAAUCACUGAAGAAGGAAUUUGACAACCCUGAAACUGCAGACCUGAAGUUUCUAGUGGAUGGAAAAUACAUUCAUGUUCAUAAAGUUCUUCUCAAAAUUAGGUGUGAACAUUUUCGUUCUGUACUGAAUAAUGACGAUGAAGUUAUAGAAAUGAGUGAAUUUUCUUAUCCCGUUUACCGAGCCUUCCUGGAAUACCUGUAUACAGACAACAUAAGGCUCCCCCCUGAAGAUGCAAUAGGACUGCUAGAUUUGGCAACGCUCUAUGGGGAAAACAGGUUGAAAAAGCUUUGCCAGCAGACGAUCAAGCAGGGCAUCUGUGAGGAGAAUGCCAUUGCUCUUCUUUCUGCUGCUGUCAAAUAUGAAGCCCAGGAUUUGGAAGAAUUUUGCUUCAGAUUUUGCAUAAACCAUUUAACUGUUGUUACACAAACUCAAGGCUUUGCAGAAAUGGACCACGACCUCCUGAAAAACUUCAUCAGCAAAGCAAGCAGAGUUGGAGCAUUCCGGAACUGAGGUCCGACUACCACCAAGCUGAACAGCAUGUCUUCUUCCCUCCUGAAAAUAUUUCUCCUUUGGAGACCUUAUCCGUGAUCAAAACAUGAAAAGGUCAGGAAAGAAAGAGUGUUGAUCAGCUUAGGAAAUAGGUGACAGUCUCCUCACAUACAGGUUUUUGUAAAGAUGGCUACAGCAUAGACGGAUGGUGAGUUUGUCGCCAACAGUCAGAAUUUAACAACAAAAAUCUAAUGCAGUAGCUACUCUUUCCCACUCAAAGACAAGCAAACAAAGCUAUCAUUGUCUGUUUUGUUUGUUGCUUUUUUUUAAACAGCCUGCAUUUGGAUUUUAUGGGACAGCUAAAAGCUUCCAUAGUAUACUUUUAUCACCAAAUUAAGUUAAUAUGUGAUAGGGGGCUUCUUUGUGUCUGGUUUAUCAUCCUCUGGUGAAGAUAGAAACUUCUUUUUCUGAACAUAUGAUAAAGUAAUAAAUUCUCUAGGAUGAGAGGCUCUCUGAUUGGUAGGAGGGUAUGUCUCACUUGAUGUUUAUUUGGAGUGUAAUUAUGUAAGCCCUGAAGAGCUUCAGCUGGAUAUUUCAGUUUUGAGUUCCUGGCACUUAUGUCCAUUGUUGUAGACAGAAUGGAAAAAAAUCUUCCUUUCCAUUACACCAAGGACAUUCCCUGGCACCCCAAUGGGCCAGGAAGCAUUCAUAGUGUUUCUCUGGACAUGAAUUACUGUGCUGUGUGUUCUGGUACUCAGAAAACCGUCUGGUUGCUUGUUACCAAGAAAAAGAAACCCCAACAAAAUCUCAUUGAAAGGAAGUUGCAGUGGAGGUUUGCUUCUUCCUGUCUUACUAUCUAUCCCCAGAUCUUAAGAAAAAUGGAGAAAAAGAUAGUUUUGAAGUGAUGAAACAUAGUCUUACAAUUAAUUGCAAGAGUGAAACUCACAUUAUUUUUCACGUGGCAAUGAAGACAUCCUGUCCAAAUACAUUGUUUCAGGUUCUCCUUUGGUCAGUGAUGAGAGGUGAUCACGCCACUUACCUGACGUGCCUGGUUGAGAUGAGAGGAGUUUCCCUCUGGACAUGCUUCUCUCAUCACUGACCAACGAGGGGACUAGAUGGGUAAGGUAGAGAAGAUCCUUAAUUUCUAACGAACUAAACCAAGUUAAGAUGAAGCCCCACUUGGUGUUGCACAGAGGGAGGUUUGCCCCAUUAAGGAAAAUGCUGAGCUCAUAAAGCAUUUACCUGAAUUUUCUAAUAGGCAACUGUAAACUAACCUUGAGACAUUCAUCUUGAAAUUUUGAUGGGGUGAAGUGGCUUUAAGUGCCUUUUGUAUUAUUUUACAAAUGGAGAAGGCAAGAAGCUGGAUGACCAGGCUCUAUACACUAACAGCUUUAGUCAUGCCACCUUCCUUUAGAUCCUUACUGUGCCACAGAUCCUUCAAUGGCUUUUUCUAAUCCUCAGAUGUGGUUUAUAAGAACAUAAUUCCCUUAAGUGAUCACAGCCUCAUUUCUAAAGCAGAAAUAACUGUUCUUUAUUAUAUUGGAGGAACAACAAUCCUAUUCCUUGAGGAGGAGGAAAAGAAGCAGCACAUUCUCAAAGAAGAUGAGGAGUAGUGAGUAAUGCCCCUCUUCACAUCAGUCCCUGCAGGGGUGAGUAGAGGGAUGCAGAAUGCAUACAGGGGAAUUUACUUAGGAAGCAAAUUACUUUGGAAAAUGCUGUGGCAAAAAUUUACUUGUGUUUGAGACAUUUGCCUCAGAUUCUCACUAGAAAUAUAUUGGAUCAUCUACUGCUAACGAGUGUGUUCUGCCACCCCCUCAGUGAUUAGCACAACUUCCUCCAGCAGCAUCAAGGCCAUACCUGAGCAGCUGUGUCAGUAUUUUGUAUUCAAACAGAACUGGGUCAGAAACUUCCCAGUACAUAAUGCAGUUUCAUCAAAACCACAACUCCCCCCAUCCCCCCAGGAUGAGAUCAGUUUGGAUAAGCUUGUGUUGAAAAGCACUUGCCUCGGGCCCAUAGAUAAAGGGUAAUGCAGGCAGUAAAACAGUAUCAUGGUAGGGCACAACUCUUCUGCAGCCCUUCUGUGGAACCAGGUGGGCACCCAGGUUGCUCCUUAACAGCCUUUCAGUCACUCAGGCCUGCCCAAGAAAGCUGCUAUAAAAGGUCUUUCCCAAUGUUUUUGUUGUAUUAUUUAAAGAACCAAACCAAAACUGUAAAUGUGAAAUGAUUGUUUUUAACUCAAUGUCUGAUAAAAAAACAUCCUCUGCCCAGUGAAGAGCCUGGCUCCCUGGGGACACCACUCUGUGGAGUGACAGCACUGGAGCAUAACAAGACUCUGCUAAGCUGGCUCAAGUUUCUAACACAGUGGUUCAACAACUAGCCAAAAGGGCAUGCUUUUCUUAGCAAGGCAUUUUUGGCUUAAUACAAUGAAAAGCACAAUUUUUUUCAAUUUAUUUCCUUCUGACUCAUGAUUUCCAACCCACUGCACACAUUACAGCCUAGCUGCAAUUUCAGAGUUAUUGGCAAACCCUGUCAUUUUGAGGGGGAAAAAAAAAAAAAAAAAUCAUCUUUGGACUGAGUGAGGGUCAUUCUAAAGAUCCAGUGUGUCAGUGUUGGCUUUUAAUGAUGCAAUAUGUUUCAUCUGACCUGGAUGUGAUAGUAUUACAUUCAUAGAGACAUUUAUUUAUUUUAUUUUAUUUUAACUUUUAUUGCAUGCACUUUCAUUGGCACUUACAGGUCAAUGUUUACUAAAAACAUAUUGGCUUAGGUGGUUAAAUGUGGAUGCAUGGAUAUAAAUACCUGCUUGAAACCCAAUCAUGGGACAUAGAAGAAAUCAGGGAUGCAUUUUGUGAAUAUAUUUCUUCAUGGAAAGGUUUUGAUGCAUUGUGAGAUGGUUUGCAACAAACACCUUUGUGGAUUUUGCAGCUUAAACACUUAAUAGUCUGUUUCAGGACACAACAGACAAAAAGGUAUUUGUUAAAAAGUGAAAGUAAGGUCAAGCAUAAACUGUAUCUGGGGUUUAAAUAAAGAGGGAUGUUUUACUUUGCAGAAAGGGAACCAGGUGGAUAAUUUUCUGAAUCAAAUGGAACUUGCAAGAAAAAGAAAUUACAGGGAUAGGAUAAUAUCAAGGUUAAGUUCCUGAAGCUAAGAGCCAGUAUUGCUUUGUCAUCUAGUACCCACCUCUAGAGUUUUAUUACAAUGCCUCAUAACAAUGUAAACUGCUUUUUUUCUGUGACCUGAACAAUUUCCAUGGGCUUUCCUUGUAAAGCAAAGCAUUUAAUUACCCCAUAGAGACAGGACUCAUUGGCUACCACCUCAUGAUGUAGAAAGUUUACAGCCUGAACACAAAAUGGUGUUUUGAUUUCUUGUUUCUUUGCAAACUUGCCUGGUUUUAAUAGACCACUAAUAAAAAUGCCAUAAUAUUUUAAAAAAA